AUGGGACGGCUUGCUAGGCUGCCUGUAUUCUGUUUAACAACCAUAUCUGCUGCCGGGCUUCACGCCUCCAAUUGGUUGGUUGAUCCCGUCACGUUCCCCCGCAAGCGUGCUAUCCAAUUCAAAUGCGAAAAAUCGAUUGCGUUUUCUAUUGUCCCCUCCACUCGGGAGACCGUGGCAGGCUCUGGCGGUUCGGGACAUUCUAGGUCCGCCGAAAUGACUUCACCCUACCUGCGCAGCAUUCCCUGUCCUCAGGUACCCGACGUCAGUGUCAACAAUGCUGGGGCGGAUGAGGACGAGUCGGAGAGCAGUGUCAAGGUGAGGACACAAAUCACAUGUCCGGCGAGGUGCGGCAAUGAUUUCAAUCAGCCCACAACAAUCUCCCUGAACCUUACCAUUAACGGUUCGCCUGUGUGUCCUCCCGGGUGUCAACCUGCGGUCACGGCAUCCGAGGUACCUGCCCAGAGCAUUAGCUAUCAACCGUCAGCAGAACAGAUUUCUCCUGUUGAAGACGUCGACGGUCGCAGCGGCUCCCACACCUUCUCUUUUGCACCGGGUUCCAUGAGGACUCCCAGUUACAACGAGGACAACAUGCACGCCGAAGCAGAGGAGGAGGAGGGCGAGGAGGAAGGAGAGGUGGAGGCGGUUAGUAGCAGGAGCUUUCGGAUACAUUCACAACCGCGGGAGACUGAAACAUCCAGCGCCGGACGCGAGGAACCAAUGAAUGAUGUCAACGAGAGGAACUUUCAGUCAAUGUCUCAGAUGCGACGAAGUACGGUGAGCAGUCGGAGGACGGACAGGAGUAAGAGCAAGGUCUUCUCAAAGAUCGAUGAGGCCGAGGAGGCAGAGGAAAUGCGGCAAGGUCAGUCCACUGGUCAGAGUAUGUACGGUGGAUCACGGGGACGACAGUCGAGGUAUACGAAGGUGUACAACGAGCACGGCGAAAAUGCCCACGAGAGAUCCCUGAAGAUCACCCCAGCCGCGAGAAAAAUCCUCACAACCAUCUACGAAACGCUGAAAGAGCUGUUUGAGAAACUUUCCGACGCGCUGGAGAAUGUUGUUUCUAGAAAUUUCAGGCCCUGCGAAGAGGCGUUGGAAGCAAUGGAAAAACUGCAUGGCCUGCUUAAUGAUUUCAUCAAAAGCCUGCGCUACAGCCCUUUUGAAAUUGAGCUGAAGAAUAUUAAUGGUAAAAUUGCAAUGCUCAUAGACGAACUUGAAGUGCAGCCGCCCUUUCUUCUUCUGCGGCUGGUUGAAUUCGGUUUUUACAUAUAUGAGUUCGGAACAUGGAUUCGUGAAAAACUCCUCCCGACCUCCUACGCCCUCCUUAUUCACACAAUUCAGACCAGAAUCUAUGUAAGUCACACAAACAUGCUCCUUUUAAUGUACCAGUUAUCUGGGAUAGGGUAUUGAAACCUGGGUCCCUAGGCCUCUAAAAUUUCUCUCGUUCCCACGUCCCUCGCCCGAAUCACCUGGAUUGAGGUAGAUAAUGAUUGUGGCUUCCGUGAAAAUCCCAGUUUAGCGAACAGCGUGGUGACGAAUCAGCGUUGACAGCAUGUAGGCUGUUUCAUGAAGUCUAGAUUGGAAUUCUGAAGUAUGUUUUCAAUUCGAAAAUAUUACUUAAGUAGGGCUGUCUUGUUAAGUAUUUUGCCAUGUAACGUUAAGCAAACUCCAGUCACACCAGGAUGCCGGCUUUUGAAUGAUCCUCUUAUCAACUACUUGCAUAAACUAUAUUCCGUUAAAGUGACUGCUUAAGUAGCAUGAAUUAUUCCUGUCGAUUUUUGAUAUCCCCACAAAUUCAAACACAUUUUAUAGAAUACGUGUACAACAAUAAUCCUUCUAUUGCCCACUUGGUAGCAAAUUAAGUCUUCUUCAAAUUUUAUUCGCGAAGAACGAAUUCUGCCGGCUAAAACGGAAGCUUUGGAACGAAGCAAGCCGGAGGAAGAGAGUUGAUUCAAAAGAGUCUUGCCAGUUAACGAAGGGUUGGUACGCCAUGCCGGUAGCCGGCACGGUCUUUCACUGAUAAGUACCCCCUUGUUGGGUGUUUGGGUCGAAAAUACAUACCCAUUAUGGAAAAAAACAGUGGAGCUGCGGGGAAAAUUGAAAAGACCGUCGCACUCCCUCAUUGUUUUCCAACAGCAUGACACCCGUGGAAACUCAGACAGGCGUCUCUCAUUUAGGCGCCCGUACACCUGUGCGGCUACGUCCGCUGGUCCUUUUUGUGUAAUUGCGAACGUUUUGUGGGAAAGAUUCGGACGGAAAUGCCGAAGAAUUAUCGAGCACUCCAAACCGCCUGGCAUCGCCAUGAAGGUGGUCUAAGCAAUGGAUAUUGUAAACAGUAUCCGCGGGACUAUAUAAAAUACUAAAAUCAGCGACGAAGUCACAAUGCCAGUGAAGGCUACAGUUGAAGUUCUGCUUACUAAAACGGAUGCUUUUGAAGCAUGUACGUCCGAGGAAGCGAGAGUUGAUCCAAAACAGUAUUGCCAGUCAGAAAAUGGUUGGUACGCAAUGCCGGUAGUCGACACAGAUGUCUCUACGUACGGCCUAUGGCCGAUAAGUAGCACACGUUUGGGUCACAAAAAACUGUUUUGAUGCACUGGCUGAGUAGAAUGAUUUACCAGACAUCCACUUGAAACUUCGGAAAUGACACAAAGCUUCGGUACUAAAAGCCGCCACUGUGUCCGAAAAAAGGUAGUCACAGCGGUUCGUCAAUGAGCGUCGAAAAAUGGAGAAAUAGGUAGAUGCUGAACAGGACAGUUGUGAAUUGUGCAGCGGGCAGAUUGAUAUACAACCAAUUUAGACCUAUUUUGCCUUCAUCCAAUCAGUCAUAACCUUAGUUAUUGUGUGUAAACUAAAGCACAAUCUUUGAACGUGUACACAGGGCGCAGACGGUUCAUACGGGAGUCUUAAGGCAUCUAGUUGAGCCGGGUUCAUCAAUGCCUCGCCAUUACCUGGUGUUCACUGUCGAGAUGCAGGUGGGGUAUUUAUUCAUGACAGUUCGACCCCCGUGGAUGACGACUACAAUUGGGGGUCGCACGGAGUGGGCGAAGCCCCUACGGCCUGGGCACGGAGUAGUUUAUGGUGGGGUCGACUUGCGAAGCGCCUGCCACACCGUCUACGCGUGCCACACACGACCGUGUUCCCGCUGCGUGCAGUCCACGUCUGUGGUUGUGGCUCAGAUCACGCGCACGUGAGUGUCAUAAAGGCCGCAUUAAGAGACUCUGCAGUCUGACUCGGUCCGCUAGUCAGGCGCCGCGCAGUGCUAACUACGACAACCGAGUUAUUCCAUCAGUGGAUAGUCUUCAAAGUAACAACUUUUAGCGUUUCCUGAUAGAUUCAUGCGUGUCAGAUUUAUUGUAGAGAGGAAUGUGCUGGGGGAAAAUGACUGCCCGUUUCCCUCUACCAGACACCUGUAGACUGUUUGCGCCUGCAAAUUAGCUGAUGCUGAGAUUGACACAAUGGAGGACAAGUCUAGACAACCCGUCACGCGUGCCAUUCACAAGCUGGAUCAGUAUCAGGUUUACACGGGAGCGGUUCGAAAGUCAUAUUCGCGAGUGAGCCAUACAUGCAUGAGCGUACCCCGUUCCAUUGGUUUCUCAAAACGAACUGCGAAUGGGUUGGCAGAAUUCACGAACAGACAAGCUUUUAUGUGGCCGAGCUCAGUCAAGCCAUGAUUGCAGGGAGAGACUUGAGGACAGAUAUGCCACAACUCGACACCAACUUGUUUCGUCCGUAUUCUGCCGUCAUACCUUGACCGAGUUAGAUCCGGCAUUUGGCUGCCUACUCGUGACAUCUGCCAACUAGCCCGAGUUUGGUUGCCUCGGGAGGCCAGUGAAUCGGUACGCACGCAUUCUACAUGAACACGUGCAGUCAUGUCCAAUAGAGGCGAAGAGACGAGUCCCAGGAAGUAGUCUUGAAGAAGGAGACACGGUCGCUGGAACAAGAGCUUUAUAAGCCUGACGUUUCGGAUUCCUGCUCAAACUCAUCAUCAGAGACAAAAGCAGAAACGGGUGGUUGAUGCACAAGGAGCUGCAGUAUUUAUAGGAUGCAGUAGCCAUGUUACCGCAUACCUAUGGCAUGCAUGGUUACUGCAUUCUAUAAAUACUGCAGCCCCUUGCGCAUCAACCACCCGUUUCUGCUUUUGUCUUUGAUGAUGGGUUCGAGCAGGAAUUCGAAACGUCAGAUUAAUAAAGCUCUUGUCCCAGCGAUCGUGUCUCCUUCUUCAAGACGUGCAGUCAUGUUCUGUUUCUCGACUUUUCUCGUGACUGUGAGUCUUGGUGGUAGAAAUUACCGGGGGGGGGGGUGGGUGUUCGGGCCCACUGUCUGACUGCAAUGCUUCCGAUGAUCUUUUUUUCUAGCGUCUACACACGGGACGGGUGGUCAGACAAAUCUACUACGUGCCAUUCGACUUCGACCCAAUAGUGGCGCACUAUGCAAAGAGUCGGCGCCUGAUAAAGAUUGAAAAGUUCUGUCACUGUCGGGUCAUCCUUCUGCCACCGACGGAUCCGCGAUGCGGCUACUGUCCCAACAAUUAUCGGACCAUCGAGGUCAACUUCGACGAGCACAAAGGGCACUACUUGGGCUUCACAAGUCUGCUAAACCAAUGUGCAACCUCCAAGAUCUAUACGGCGCGACUGGCGGCCACUGUAUUCAAACGGCUCAGUGGUAUCGAGGUAGAGAUGGAACCGGCAGACAUGCUUCAACUGGAGCGCAGUGAGGCCCGUCUCUGCUAUGCCCAGUUUAAGGCCGAUCUGGUUGGGGGUACUGGGCUGGCCCUGGCACCAAAGAUCGACUCAGUUUAG